AUGCCGUACGCUAACCAGCCCACCGUGCGCAUCACCGAGCUGACCGACGAGAAUGUCAAGUUCAUCAUCGAGAACACGGACCUGGCGGUGGCAAAUUCCAUUCGAAGAGUGUUCAUCGCGGAAGUUCCCAUCAUAGCCAUUGACUGGGUCCAGAUAGAUGCCAACUCCUCUGUGCUCCACGAUGAGUUCAUUGCACACAGGCUGGGUCUCAUCCCGCUCACCAGUGACGACAUUGUGGACAAGAUGCAAUAUUCCAGAGACUGCACAUGUGAUGAGUUCUGCCCCGAGUGCUCUGUGGAGUUCACGCUGGACGUCCGCUGCAAUGAAGACCAGACUCGGCACGUGACAUCCCGCGACCUCAUCUCCAACAACCCCCGUGUCAUCCCGGUGACAUCUCGGAGCAGAGACAAUGACCCUAAUGACUACGUGGAGCAGGAUGACAUCCUGAUUGUGAAGCUGCGGAAGGGGCAGGAGCUGCGGCUGCGAGCCUAUGCCAAGAAGGGCUUUGGCAAGGAACACGCCAAGUGGAACCCCACGGCUGGCGUGGCCUUCGAGUACGACCCCGACAACGCGCUGAGACACACGGUGUACCCCAAGCCAGAGGAGUGGCCCAAGAGUGAGUACUCAGAGAUCGACGAUGAGGAUGCUCAGGCUCCCUAUGACCCCAACGGGAAGCCAGAAAGGUUUUAUUACAACGUGGAGUCCUGUGGUUCUCUGCGCCCUGAGACCAUCGUCCUGUCUGCACUGUCUGGCCUCAAGAAGAAGCUGAGCGAUCUCCAGACACAGCUGAGCCACGAGAUCCAGAGCGAUGUCCUCACUAUCAACUGAGGUGGCCCUUGUAAGAGAGUACUGUAAGCUGUGAGUGAUGCCUGGCUGAGAUCUAGGGAGAGGCUUUUACCUCCCCAUCAUCUCUUUCUGCUUAUCCUGGCUCAGCACUCAGUUGGUGACACCUCUUCCCUGGCCAUUCUUCCCAGGGAAAGCCAUUGUGAUGUGGGGUAAAACAGGAAGGGAAUCAGUCAGUGAGCAUCUUAGCUGGGACAGGCUUUGUCUCCAAGUGAUCCUGGAGUUUUGGUUCUGGUGUGGGAUUUUGGUGUUUGGGAUUGGGAAGCGUGUACCUUUGUUACACAACCCUACCUUAUUUACAUGUCCAUUCUUUACUGUGCUGAAUAAAACCU